CCCCUCCCUCUCGGAGGCGGAGCCGCGGCCGGGUUGGAGGGGGUCCGUGGCGCCCCGGAGUUUCGGGCUCGGGCUGACCUCCUCCUCCUCCUCCCUCCGUUCCGCCUCUGUCUCGGCUCUUCCUGCCCCCUUUCGCCUGGGGCGUCCGGCAGUAAGGCAGGCCGCGGCGGGGUGGCCUUGGACCCGGCGCUGUGAGGCGCGGCGGCGCCCUCAGGUUUAAACGUGGAGCAUUAGAAGACAUCACAGUCUAAUAUGUUUGCUAGACUAAUUAUUUCCCUUUUCAACCGUAUAUGUUGAAGAAGCUUUGCAAAUUCAGCUAGUAAGAAAGAAAAGGACAUAAGCAGAUAUAAAGUAAAGAUUUGUCAAAGCUGAUGAAUUCAAAGUAUCAAACCCUGACUGAGUAGCAACCUGAAUGCUGUAAUGGCUCAAAUUUUCUGGGACAGUUUAAGUCAUGCAACUUCUAAUACAGAAUCUCCUGGUUCUUCUUAACACUUGAUUAGCUCCUACUACAGCAAAUUACAUAUCAUGGUUUGGGGUGACUUACCUAAUUUAAAAGAUAACUACACUUUGUUGUGUUCUUCAACCAUAAAAGAACUGGAGAUGGAUCUUGACUCUGGACUGGAAGAAGAUGAUACACAACCUGAUAGUCCUUCUGGAGACUCUACAAUAUUUGUUGCUUUUAAAGGGAACAUAGAUGACGAUGACUUCAAACAGAAAUUAAACAUCAUCUUGGACAACGUUCCUGACCUUUUAAACAUGGAAUCUGACAAAUUAAGAUUGAGGAAGGUGGAACCCUGGAACAGUGUACGAGUUACUUUCAAUAUUCCUCGUGAAGCUGCUGAGCGACUACGAAUGCUGGCUCAGAACAACAACCAACAGCUUCGAGACCUAGGAAUUCUGUCAGUUCAGAUCGAAGGUGAAGGUGCCAUCAAUUUGUCAUUAGCUCAAAACAGAGGUCAAGAUGUGAGGAUAAAUGGGCCUGUUGGUCAAGGCAACUCAGUACGAAUGGAGACAGGAUUUUCCAUGCCAGGAAACCAAGGUUUAAUACGAAUAAACAAUCCUGCAGCUGUCAUGAUGCAGCAGAGUGGGAAUGUGUCAUCAAUGAUGACAAGUACAGCUACCACUGAACUGCAGCCCAGAACACCUCGUCCAGCAUCUCAAUCAGAUGGAAUGGAUCCACUCUUGUCAGGGCUAACUAUUCAACAGCAGAACCAUCCACCUGGAUCUGUAGUGCCUCAGCUCCAUUCAGUACAGCAAGUUCCUGUUAACAGGCAAAUAAACCCAGCCAGUUUCCAGCAAAUGCAAGCACAGCAGCACCAGCAGCAGCCACGGCCUCCUCAGCAGCAGCAGACACAACAGGGGAUUCGCCCAUCAUUUACAGCCCCAGCUCAGGUUCCAGUUCCUUCUGGUUGGAACCAGGUGGCUGCUGGAACAGUCCAGCCUCCUCCAUCCCAAGGAAACAUGGGUACAUUGACAGUUAACCAGGGGUGGAAAAAGGCCCCUUUACCUGGACAAAUGCAGCAACAACUUCAAGCCAGGCCAUCUUUAGCAACUGUACAAACCCCCUCCCACCCUCCACCUCCAUAUCCUUUUGGAAGCCAACAAGCUCCUCAGGCACACACAAACUUUCCUCAGAUGAACAAUUCUGGGCAGUUUACUGCUCCUCAGAUGAAGAAUCUUCAGGGAGGGCCCUCACGGGUCCCUACACCAUUACAACAGCCCCACCUGACCAACAAGUCCCCUGCCUCCUCUCCCUCCUCCUUUCAGCAGGGCUCUCCUGCAUCUUCCCCCACUGUUAACCAAGUACAGCAACAAAUGGGACCAAGACCCACCCAGAAUAAUAACCUCCCCCAAGGGUUUCAGCAGCCUGUAAAUUCUCCUAGCCGUAAUCCUAUGGUGCAGCAAGGAAAUGUACCUUCUAAUUUUAUGGUGAUGCAACAGCAAAACCAGGGUCCGCAGGGUUUACAUCCGGGGCUAGGUGGAAUGCCCAAACGUCUGCCACCUGGUUUUCCUUCAGGACAGACAAAUCAGAAUUUCAUGCAAAGUCAGGUGCCUUCUACAGCACCAGGGACACCUGCAAGUACUGGAGCACCCCAACUACAGACGAGUCAAAGUGCACAACACACAGGCGGCCAAGGAAAUGGUCUUUCACAGAAUCAGAUGCAAGUGCAACAUGGUCCUUCAAAUAUGAUGCAGAGCAAUUUAAUGGGACUCCAUGGGAAUAUGAACAACCAGCAGGCAGGCAACAGUGGCGUUCCACAGGUCAACAUGGGAAGCAUGCAGGGCCAGCCUUCCCAAGGACCACAGUCUCAGUUGAUGGGGAUGCACCAACCGAUAGUAUCUACCCAAGGACAGAUGGUGAACAUUCAACCUCAGGGAUCUCUAAAUCCUCAAAACCAGAUGAUACUGUCUCGAGCUCAGCUCAUGCCACAGAGCCAGAUGAUGGUCGCUCCUCAAAAUCAAAAUCUUGGUCCAACACAGCAAAGGAUGACUCCGCCCAAACAGAUGCUUCCCCAGCAAGGCCAGCAGAUGAUGGCUGCACAUAAUCAGAUGAUGGGACCCCAAGGCCAGGUAUUGCUACAGCAAAAUUCAAUGAUGGAGCAGAUGAUGACCAAUCAGAUGCAAGGAAAUAAACAGCAGUUUGGUGCUCAAAACCAGUCCAAUGUUAUGACGGGGCCAGCUCAGAUCAUGAGAGGACCAACUCCCAAUAUGCAAGGAAACAUGGUGCAAUUCACAGGACAGAUGAUGACUCAGCAAGGCCCUGUGAAUGGCAAUCCUUCUCAGGUUAUGGGGAUUCAAGGACAAGUUCUGCGACCCACGGGACCGACCCCUCACAUGUCGCAGCAGCUGGGUGAUGCCACCACUACAACCAACAGUGAUGUGAAUUUGUCACAAAUGCUACCUGAUGUUUCCAUGCAACAAGGAAACAUGGUGCCUCCACACUUGCAAGGGAUGCAGGGAAACACCAGUACAUCAGGGAGCCAUUUUGCUGGACAUGGGAUGGCUUUCAGUGCCCCUUUUAGUACAGCCCAAAAUGGAAAUCAGAUUUCCUGUGGACAAAAUCCAGCCUUUCCUGUCAAUAAAGAUGUCACGCUAACAAGCCCAUUGUUGGUAAACUUGCUGCAAAGUGAUAUAUCUGCAGGGCAUUUUGGUGUGAACAACAAACAGAAUAAUCAAAAUGUCAAUAAACCUAAGAAGAAAAAGCCUCCAAGGAAGAAGAAAAAUAACCAGCAAGUAGAACAAAUUAAUGCUUCAGAACCACGACCAGCGAGCCUCGAAGAAACAGAUCAGCCAUCGCUGCCAGGAGAGCAAAAUGUAAAUUUGGAUAAUAUGGGUCAUAAGAUUUCUGAAUUCCCAAACAGACCUCCAGGCUACCCAGCUCAGCCAAUGGAACAAAGAUCUCUUCAACAGAUGCCACCACAGCUUUUGCAACAUACACAGCAGCAACCACCACCAUCACUACCACCACCCACACCUCAGCAAGCACAGUCCCAACAGCAGCACCAGCAACAGCAACAGAUGAUGAUGAUGCUCAUGAUGCAACAGGAUGCUAAGUCAGUCAGAAUGCCUGUUUCCCAAGGCAUUCAUCAGCCGAGGGGCCCUCUGAAUGUAGAGGCACAAAGGAUGCCGGUGCAACAAGGGGGCAACAUGUCAGUUAUGGUCAGUCUCCAAAGUACAGGUGGAGUGCCCCCAUCUCCAGACAAGCAAAGAAUUACAAUGGCAAGUAAUCAGACUCUGGUGAACAAUGUGCGAAAGAUGGGGUAUGCAGAUAAUGUACAGAAUCCUACCAGCUCUCCUUUGGGAGAAGUCCCAUCAGUGCCCUCUGUUCCAGAAGGAAAUGGUCCUGAAGUUACCCCUCCAACAGCAGGGCCUCAAAACAACAUAGCAUCCCAUUUAAUAGUUUCGCAAAACCAAUUAAUGAUGGCAGGGCCAAAACCUGGACCAUCUCCAAUGUCAGUUCCUCAGGGUGCAAGCCCUCAACAGCAGUCCAAUUCAUUACCUGGUUCUCACUCACACCAUUUUCAAAAUGUCGCUACUGCAUCCCAGACAUCAAGACCAAAAACACCAAACAGGGCAAGUCCAAGACCUUACUAUCCUCAGACUCCUAAUAACCGUCCUCCAAGCACCGAACCAUCAGAAAUAAGCUUAUCUCCAGAGAGGCUUAAUGCUUCUAUUGCUGGUCUUUUCCCACCUCAAAUAAAUAUCCCUUUGCCUCCCAGGCCUAGUCUUAAUAGAGGAUUUGAUCAACAGGGUCUUAAUCCAACCACUUUGAAGGCCAUUGGGCAAGCACCCUCAAAUCUCACAAUGAAUAGUCAGUCAGGUUUUAUCUCCCCUCAGACCCACAAGUUAGAUCCUAUGACUAUAAAUUCAGGAAAGCAAACCAAUGCUGGUGGGGCAAAGCGAGCUAGUCCUAGUAACAGUAGGAGAUCCAGUCCUGGAUCCAGCAGGAAAACCACACCAAGUCCUGGUAGGCAAAACACAAAAGGAGCCAAAUUAACAUUGACUUCUCAGCAGAAUCCAGCACUCAUGCAGAACAUGGACUUACAGCGAAGUAUGAUGGUUGGCCCAACUUCAUUGCAACCACCUAUGCCUGGAAGUUUUCAAAAUAAUGGUAUGUUAACAACUCAGAAUCCCACUGUCCCCAUGUCUGUUAUGACUGGUAUUCCAGAGGAUAACAAAGAAAGCUUCAGUGUCUCACAAGAUACCACAUGUCAGAGCAUGCAGGUUAUCCCAGUGAAUAAAGAUCAGCACAACAUCGACCCAAAAGGUGUUCCCAGUCAAGAAAUCAAAAUUCUGGGCCAUGAAGAGCAACAGAAGAGAGAAACUCCUAUAGAAUCUAACAAGCUUCCUAGUCUUGAUGAAAACAACACUGUUAUCUCUCCAGCUAUGCGGGAGGCACCCACCUCCUUAAGUCAACUUCUGGACAAUUCUGGAGCUCCAAAUGUUACCAUCAAGCCUUCUGGUCUCCAUGGUCUUGAAGUGCCUCCAACAGUGACUUGUGCAGAUGAAUUUAAAAAGGUUUCUGCCAUUUCUCUUCCUCAGCAGGAUCUCUCAUGUAACAAAGAACCUGUUUGUUCAGUAAGUUUACCUCCAAGUACUGAAGCUUGUUCAACUCAGUCACAAGACCUGGGAGAAAUUAAUUCAAAUGUUUCUCAGAAUAUGUCUCCAGUAAUACAGAGGCCUGUUAGCUCUUCAUCUCUUUCUACAUCGCUGCCACCCAAUCAGAUAACUGUUUUUGUAACUUCCAAUCCCAUUACAUCAUCAUCUAACACACCGGCAUCUUUGCCUUCCCAUUUACAGCCUGCAUUAAUGCCAACUGUUGUCACUAUGCCUAAUGUGGGUAAUAAGGUUGUGACUUCUGAAGGACAGGCAACGGUUCAGUCCAAUGCUCGACCUCAAUUCAUUACUCCAGUUUUUAUAAAUUCAUCUUCUAUAAUUCAGGUUAUGAAAGGGUCUCAACCAAGUACAAUCCCUGCAACCCCAAUGACUUCCAAUUCUAAUUUAAUACCACAGUCUGUUGCAGUCGUUGGCCCUUUGCAUUUAUCACAGAACAUAAAGUUCACAUCAGGGCCUGCUCCUCCUAGCUCCUCUUCCAAUACAUCUGUCUCAAGUAUAUCUACAAACCGGUCAUUGGUCAUUAAUUCACUGGCAACCUCUAUUCCACUUCCUUCACCCUCACCAGCAGCCCCUUCAAGCACUUCUUCACAUCCAUCAGUUCAGCAGAUCAAAGAUUUUGACCCAGAGGAGAUGAGUUCUCAAAGCUCUGCAUCUGUGGAUCCAUGUGCUGAACCAUCCUCACAGUCUGGAACUGUAGUCUCCCCACCUCAUGCACAUAGUCCUGGAUCUGUCAACAGACGAAGUCCAGUGUCAUCUACUAAGGGGAAGGGGAAACUGGAUAGAAUUGGUCAGUUUUUGCUGACCAAAGCAUGCAAGAAAGUCACAGAUUCCUUUGAGAAAGAAGAUGACCAAUAUGCAGUGGAGGGAGAAAUGGAAGGGCAGGGACAAGAUGUUUCAAUUCCUAGCAGUCUGGAAAUGGAGCAGUUACCUGUUGAACUAGAAGACAAAUCUGCUGCAGCAUUGCCAGCUCCCACUCUUUUGAAUCAAAGCACUUCAGGGACUAGCCAUUUAAAUACAAGUGGCACUACUACUGUUUCUGCCCCCAUAUCGCUAAGCCAUCCAGGCAGCACUCCCUCCACUAAUGUACUCUCAGUAGUAACCACUCCAGUGAUCACUGGCAACAUAUCCCCAGUUCCAACUACCAAUGGCAAUCCUGGUAAUUUACCAUCUGAGCAAGCUGGGAUUGGACCAGCAGAUGAGAAGGCAGAAGCUCAUCAUGAACUGCCACAGAAUAUGGCUUCUUCAGGUCAGUCUCCAAUUGCCACACUGGAAAGUACUGUUCAAAGAACAGAACUGGAAGCAGAUUCUGCAAUUACCCUUGCCAGUGACCCAAAAGAAAGUUGUGAAAAGUCUAAAACUCCAAGUAGACGAAAUUCAAGGACAGAGGAAUCUGCUCUUGUGCAAGAAGCUGUAGAGAAUGGUCAGCGUAAAAGAUCCUCCCGACCAGCAUCAGCAUCCAGCACCACAAAAGAAACGAAUACUAGUGCUAUUCAGUCAAAAAGAAGAAAAUCAAAAUGAAUUACUGAGUGGAUAUGGAAGACUUGUAAAUGUGUGAAUUAUACCCAUAGCAAUUCUGAGCUGUUGAUUUUUUUUUGCUGUAUAUAAAACUAUCCCCCAAAUCCCUACAAUUCUGUAUAGUAAUUAAUUUUCUUAUUUUGUUGCUCCCAAUAAAUACAAAUGUGUUUUUUAAAAAAAAUAAUGAUGAGGGGAAAUUACAUUGUUCAAUUUUCUGAUUUUGUAAAGACAACACUUAGCACACUAGAUUUAGCAUGUUGUAAAAAAUCAGAUCAGAUAAUUGUAAAUUUAUUUCUACGUUUUCACUUUUCAUAGGACAAACUAGAGUACAGGGUUGUCUUUUUUAGAUACUAAAAUAAUGUAUUGUGCUAUUGGUCAAGUACUGUAUGUGAAUAGCAGUUAAAUGGGUUAUAAAUGGCCCAUUCUUGGAAGUGUAAAUAGUUUUAUUAUAUAGUAGCCUUGAUGUAUUUGUUUGUAGAAAAGGACCAGUGAAAUAAAAUGAAGUGGGGAGGGUUUGUGAAAUGUGGAUUACCUAGUGCUCUAAAUAAAUGUCAUUGACCUAUAA